CCCGAAAUCAGUUUUCAAUACAUAAAAUUAAUUUUCCUUGAGCAAAAAUGGGUUCCAAGACGCUCCUUUUCUUUUGCAUCUCCUUGGCAAUAGUUCUUACUAUUGCCUCACAGGUGGCUGCUAGGGAAUUGGCUGAGACUACCACGUCAGCUGAGAAUUCCAAGACAGAUGAGACAACUGGUGUAGAAGAAGGCAAGUACGGUGGAGGCUAUGGAGGUUAUGGAGGAUAUCCAGGUUAUGGUGGCUACGGAGGACGUGGUGGUUAUGGGGGCUACGGAGGACGUGGUGGUUAUGGUGGCUACGGAGGACGUGGUGGUUAUGGCGGCUACGGAGGACGUGGUGGUUAUGGUGGCUACGGAGGACGUGGUGGUUAUGGCGGAUAUCCUGGGGGUGGCUAUGGAGGACGUGGUGGUUAUGGGGGAUAUCCUGGAGGUGGCUAUGGCCAUGGUGGAUAUCCUGGUCAGGCUGUGGAUGCUGAGCCUCAGAACUAACAAAGCCAGCGAGCAAGUUAUGAUGUAAUAUAUGUACUCCAUAUAGCACUGUGAAGUACGAAUAAGAGCUGGAUUGUUAUGUAAUAUGGACUCCAUAUAUUUGCUAGUUCAAUAUUUAAUCACUCCAUGUCUCUUUUCUUGAGCAA